AUGAACCAGGCCGAAGCAUCACGGUGGUUGUUCCCGUUGCCCAAGAGCAUUGACAUCUUGCCACGAGCCAACGUCGAGGAGUUCAUCAACGACCCCGACUUGGUGCGUGGCUACGUGAAGACGCUUGCCACCUACCAGGAUGAAAGACAACGAGUUGUGGCGGUGUUGGAACAGGUGGAAACCAAACAUGACGAGAUCAGCGAGUUGAUCCGAGACUACAAGCAGUUGAGUGAAAGGAUCGUCAAUCAGAUCAAGACGAUUCAGACGAUGUACCAGGAGUUCACCAACCUAGAGAUCGACCAGUACCGGUUGUUGUCGAACAACUUCAACCAGGAGUUCUUGAUUACCAACAAGCUCCAGGGGAUGUUGGAUACGAGCCACGCCGAGUCGCUAGCCGUAGCCAAGCGCAUCCAGGAGCUGGGCGACUUUGAGAUGCUCGCGGAGUUUAGGGACGCCAGGAAGAAGUACCAUUUGCGCAAGGAGAAGCUCAACCGGUGGGGUGAGGAACGCGUUAGCGGGGUGGUGUGA